AUGGUCUGUGGAAACGUUCACUCCUGUGCCUGUAUGCUGGAACUUGAAGGCGACAAGAAUGUGAAAUUUGGCUCGGUGGUCAUUGAGGAUGUGGCUGUGGUCUUCAGCCAGGAAGAGUGGGCUCUGCUGGAUGUUGCUCAGAGGAGACUCUACAGAGAAGUGAUGAUGGAAACCUUCAGAAACCUGGCCUCAGUCGCUCUUAACCAGCCAGGGACAGCCCUCCGUGAUGAGAUGUGCCAUGAAUGUGGCAAAGAUUUCUAUAGUUUCUCAUCCUUCUGGACCAGUGUCAGAGGUUACGGCGAAUGUAAAGAAUAUUGGGAAACAUUUAGUUGUCCUUCAUCUCUCAUUUUACUGAAAAAAUUCCAUAACAGAGGUAAGCCGUACGAAUGUAAGGAGUGUGGGAAAGCCUUUAGUGUGUCCUCAUCCCUAACUCGACAUAUAAAGACGCACAGUGGAGAGAGGCCUUACGAGUGUAAGGAGUGUGGGAAAGCCUUCAGUCAGUCAUCACACCUCACGACACAUAUAAAAAUCCACAAUGGAGAGAGGCCUUACGAAUGUAAGGAGUGUGGGAAAGUCUUCAGUUACUCCUCAGCCCUCACGACACAUAAAAGAACUCACAGUGGAGAGAGGCCCUACGAGUGUAAGGAAUGUGGAAAAGCCUUCAGCGAUUCCUCGGCCCUCACUAAACAUAUCCGAACGCACAGUGGAGAGAGACCCUAUGAAUGUAAGGAGUGUGGGAAAGCUUUCUGCCGUUCCUCACACCUCACCACACAUAUCAGAACUCACAGUGGAGAGAGACCCUACAAAUGUAACGAAUGUGGAAAAACCUUCAGUCGUUCGUCACACCUCACCUCACAUAGAAGAAUCCACAGUGGCGAAAGGCCUUACGAGUGUAAGGAGUGUGGGAAAGCCUUCAGUGAUUCCUCAGCCCUCACUAAACAUAUCAGAACUCAUAAUGGCGAGAGGCCGUAUGAAUGUCAGCAGUGUGGGAAAGCCUUCUGUCAGUCUUCUCACCUCAUUUCCCACACAAGGACUCAUGUGGAGAGACUGGCUCAGCAGUGGGACACUGAAUAA